GAGCGCACUUCCAAUAGCGGUCAGUGUUCGUUGCUUGUCCGCCGCGUAAGCGCUUGCAACCAAGUCAGACUGAAAGCUCUUCACCCCGUUGUUGAGGUUGUUGCCCACGGCGCCGUCGUUCAGUGCGAAAACUGAGCGAAAAGUACGUCGAGCGCGUAGCAAUAGCACACAGACGGCUAACGCCAGCCGCAGUAUAGAUACAGAAACUGCAGGCCGAGUGGAAAAGCCAGGCACGGCCAUCGCAAUUACUGCUACUAGUGAAACCAUCAUCGUCCUCGUCAUCGUCAAUCGCCAUUCCCUUUUAUCGUCACGAUUACCAACGCGGUUUGUGUGCGUGUUAUAUUGUGAGAGCGAGUCAAAGCAAUUGACGAAAUUGUUCAACACGGACCGACUGAGUGCUACGGCGCUGUCAGCAUGACCAUUGUCGCAAGCAGGCUUCCAACGACGACGACGUACGCGAUAACAAAGAAACAAGACAAAAUCAGGCAACACUAGAGAUUUUCGAAGAGAGCUUCUGACUGCUCCCUGCGUCUCUCCUACCAGCUCACUACCUGACAAUAUUUUUCUCUGUCACUCGCAUUUAAUAUUUAUUUUUUGUAUUGUGCAGUGCGCGACAUCGCUUUUAUCCACAAUACAUUAUACUACUAUAUUACAGUUAUUGACUAAAAUGAAAACAGGACAAAUACAGCAGUAUCUGAGCAGAGCGAACUGCUUCGGCAGUAACCGCGACGAGAGCCACAAAGCGGUGGCGUAACUUUUGGAAUCUGUAAUAAUCUCUGCAGCUGCCGUAGCAGCAGGCCACGUUAGGCGCAUGUGGCAGCUGCUACCGGCUUGCGUACUCUGUCACUCAAACUCUAGCGCCCGCUGCUACGACGCGACUAUAAUACUCGUUCUACUAUUACAGAUAUCACUGAGCCUUCGGGCGAGUCGUGUCCAGGGAAGUGCCGUAAGUUGGGGCCUCGAUCAAGUGUGAUCACGCGUAACUACCAACCAGUCAGCCCGAUAACGAUAACGGCAGACAACGUAAAUAAUUUUGGCCGCUCGCUUUGUCCUAUCUCUGCCGGACCAUCGGCUCUCUGCAGCAGUAGCACUGAUCUAAAUAUACAUAUAUAUAUAUAUAUAUAUAUAUAGACAGAGCGCGGCAGUAGGAAAGAAGAAGAAAAGGAGGAAAAUAAAAGGAGGGUGGUCGUCGCGGCACUGGUGGUAAGUGCGGUGAACAAUCUCGGGCCGACGACAUUGGUUCAGGCUGACCAGCACACAUAUCGUUGAUCGGUAAAUAAAGAACAGAGACCCACGUCUGCGCCAUUGAGAUAGAUCCUUAAGGAAGCGUACAUACGCUAGUAUACAUUUGAACACAGUCAGAUACACAGCGGACUAGAAUCUAGAACCUGCGGAAGCAGUGUUGCGGCGUGCGAUUGUAGCUGCGGGAAGUACAAUAAACCUUGGUGCUUUUCGAAGGCAACACGCAAACCUCCAACGUUAAGUUCCUGCUGCUGCCGCCGUCACCGCCGCCGCCGCCGCCGCCACUACUGUUGCUGCUGGUGGCGACGCCAGAAGCAGCUGGCUGGCCAGUGCUGCCGCUGCUACUGCUAUUCGGGUAUCUGUCUGUGCACAGGCCAGAAGCGGAAAGAAAAAAGCUUCUUUGGCUCAGCUGGUGGAAGGUCUAGAGAGCGGCCUACUGGUCGUCGGCUGGGGACCCAGCAGUGGCAAGGGUAGCACAACGCCACCACAAAACAGCAAAAGCGCAGCCGCAAUCGUCACAUCACACCAGACAAGGCAGGAGUCGAGCAUUAUAAACUUACAUACAUAGUGGUGGUUUAGGUGGCACGCGCACGUCGCAUGCAGCCAGCCGACGGCGGCGGCGGCGGCGGCGGCGACGACGACGAAGAAUCAUCGCGACUGUCAUAGACGGUGCACCAGCACCGUACUAGCGUCAUCGUCGGUGCUAGCAGCGCGAGAGAAGGCCGGUCCCUGCUCGUCACUGGUAUCGGAAAGCCAGCGAGUGAAUAGAACGGAACCAGUGAACAGAGGCACAGGCCAGGAACUGCAGUUAGCCUGCAGGCGGUCGGCCUGACACAUUACCGCUCCUCUUCCUGCUGCUGCUGGUAGUGGUAAUGGUGGGUUUGUGUGGCGGGGCGACUGAAGAAGGUUUUGCGGCCUGCGCUCGCUUGUGGCCGUUCACGCCAGCAGUUACGGCCAGCAUUAGACAAUCGGUGGCAGAACCUACUGGCCAGUCAGCCACCAGAUCAGGCUCGCCGGCCCCGUAGCAGCGGCGACAGCCACAACAAGUUUAGGGCAGCCGAGGCGAUACGCUACAAUCUCUAUGGCUACGACGGCUGCGAGAGCGUCGUAGGGUCGCAGCCUCUCAACGAGGACUACGACGACGGCGGCGACAACGACCGACAGUAACCGACCGCUGCUGCUACUGCCAUAGCUGCGGAAGCUCGGCAGUAACGCGCGGUGUUCGGCCAGUUUGUCGGCUUGGCAUGGUCUGGUCCCGAGCCUGAGCUGCCCGCUGAGCCUGAUUUCGGGGUGGGUAAAAUAAGCGCGGCCAGCCGGCCAGCUUGCUGGCUGUCUGGCUAGCUAGGUGGCUGUUAACAAACGAAUGAAUAGCGGGCCAGCGAGCACUAGCAGGAAGAACCACGGUAGCAAAAGAAGGCAGCCAGACCUGCCGACAGGCCGCGAAGGCUACCAACAGAGCCGUGGUGGCUCGAACGCCAGCAGCAGCCGCCUGACCGACCAGCAGUUCGGAAGAGGCCGGAUCGGACCCAUCGGGCGGCAGGCAUACGACGGGACUGGCCAACAAGCAGUUUAGUCUCGUCGCCUUAAACCGAGCUGCUGCUGCUUCUUGAUCCGAACGAACCCACCGAAGAAGCAGUGUGAAUCGUAGUAACACUAACUCACCAGCUGGAUAAGCAACAGUAACUGGACCACAACGACAUCGAUUAGCGGUAACUGAUUCUCUCUAAGUUCCAGCUAUUGCUCCUCCUCCAGAUAGUGCGACCGAUCGAACAAGCCACAAGUCCGCAGUCCAACAAACACGCGCGCCGAUCGUGUUCGGUAGUAGAUCGGCGGCCAUCACCAUCCGUGUUCGUCACUCGUGCUUUAUACUCCUCAUUGUUCUCGUCUCGUCGUGCCGAACUGUGCUCAACACACGCGACGCUUGUUACGACAACUGCGGCUAUCAGUACUACCGUCGCUAUCACUUCUACAGCCAUUGUAAUAAUAGGCGUUAUACCAGGAACUACCGUAAUAGUACCCACACUAAUUAUUAUAAAUAAUAACAGCAGCGGCGGCCGCAGCAGGCACACCAUCAGCGGUCCUACAGCCGGUUAGAGUUACGCGUAGUAUAUAGUUGUGUGUGUUCUCCGGCAACACCUCCGGCUACUAGCAUUCCGUCUACGUGAGUGUUUAUGUUAUAUACAUAUAUAUAUAUAAAAAAGGAGGAAAGAAGGCAAAGAUUAAACGAGGAAGUCAAUUUCGUGCAUGCUCAAGUCCACGAAGGGAAUCACCUUUGGACGUGUUUGUUGUGACCAAGCAAUGGAUGACCAUAAAAUAGUACAGCGUCAUGACAGUAACAACUGCAGGAUUACGCGACCUAUUCAUUGUUAUACAAAUGUUGAGUGUCUAGUGAGUUAACAAUAGUUCUCAGUAUCGCUGCAACCAGUAAAAUUUUUGUGUCAGAAGUCGAAGUUGGCCACCAACGGCCAUUCAUACCAGCAGCAUGGAUGCUAUCUCGUAUGAGGCCAAUUUUCUACUACAGUAACAGAACCUAAUUGUUUACGGUGUCCAUCUCCCCGUGUUCGCCCGUGCUUCGCCUUGUAAGUUAUACCUGUUUGAGUGCAAAUAUUUGUUCCGGAUCGGACGAAUUCGACAUUGUCUGAAGGCCACCGAUAAGCGACCAACAUGGUGGACUGAUCACAUAAGAAGGCAACGGUUCGACAGCUCACGCUCGUAGAAGUACAAGCGAAGAUAAUCGAACGUAAUGCAGCUAACGAAAUAUCAGUACGCCCCGAACUAGUGAUACUGACAUCAAUACGAUAGCACGAAGCCAUUGGCAUAAUACAUUCAUACUAAAUAAACCCACCAUUGGCUAGGCAUUUAACACGGGACGCAUCACGUACAUAUACGUGCUGUGUGCAAUAUAAUCACAAUUUUUUCCCUUAUUCAGUCAGUUAGUAUAUCCAGCCAUUGUGAUCUGAUUCUGAACGCAUCAAUUAGAAGGCAAAAUCAGCAUCUAUCAUAGUGCAUCAAUCGCGUACCGAAAACAAAUCAGGUGCGCUUUCGCCUUUACCUCGGGACCCGUCCUUCACAAUUUCUCCCAUUAAGUCACGCAACUCGUCACGUCCCUACGCAAUGCACGGUUAAGACAUCGAAACCUAUUAUUAAAAAGCCAGCUUCAAGCCAUAGGAGUCGAACCCACAGCGGGAGACCCUUACUUCUGUUCGAUGAGAAGCCACGCCGCCAGAUUUUCACCGUCAGGUCCUGUCGUCUACUCUUGUUAUCACCGCCAAGUAUAGACGAAGCGGGCAACCCUCGCGUGGGGUCAUGCUCGCAGCCAGCCUACUACGACGAAGUCCAGCUUCGACCACAGCGCCGUUCGCGUCACACUCACCUGACAGUUACACGAAUAGGAUAAAUCCCGCCGAAUUUGCCAAUCCUCGUUUCAGCUUCGCGCCCUCAAAGCACAGCUUCGGCUUUCGCAAGGUCUACCCGCACACUUCUAUUGAGAAAGACUAUUAAACUACUGUUAAGAAUUAUUGCAAGCGGUUUAGAGAACCGAUUGGAAAAACGCGUUGACUCCGUCGAGUGUAAAUCCAUCUUAUGUACAGACUAUUAUUGCCAGCACUAGUUUGCCUAGUAGACGUAGAUCAACAAUUCUAUUAUAACUAUUAUUAUUAUAGUUGUUGUUCUCCUUGUUGUGAUUAUUGCUAUUACUGCGACAACUACGGUUAUCAUAAUCAAACUUCUCGCUGCUCGUUUAGUGGCUGUCGAUCAGAUCGAGGUAGAGGCGCUCACGGGAGGUACGUCAUGCAUCCACCAUGAAAAAGCAGCAGUUGUGAAUCGGACUCUAUACUAGCCUGCUGACUCCAACAACUUAUUAUUAUUGUUGUUGUUAUUACUACUGCCUACUAUCACUGUCAGUGCUAUUGUUACUGCUACCGUAAAAUACACAGUCUCACGUUCGAUCAACCAGCCUCUAUCGUCUAUUUUUGGACCCGGUGUCAACAUUUGCGGACUGUUGCAAUUGCUUCUGGCCUCGUUCCCUUUGAUCAAUUAAUUUCGUUAUUACUGCUAUAAUUGUUUAUAUUGUUGUAUUAUAAACUAUAAUUGUACUCGUUUCCCGAGCUGCCAGUCAUGAUGCGGGAGGAGGCUUUGCCUAUUCCCGCCACUUCAACAUCGGCCUGAGCUCUUGACCUUGGAGGGGUCAAGGUUCUCAGCGAUUCAAGGUGGUGACGUCUGACGCGCUAACGAGACACCGUACUGGCACCUUACUAGAACGGGCGGCAGACGCAGCACGCAGCAAAAGCGUGCGUGUCUGCUGCCAUGGCUAUGAUGAUGAUGGGCGGUGCCGGAGCUAGCGGCGGCGGCGUCGGUCCGCACGUAGUGCAGUCGGGAGGCCGUUUCGAUUUUGAUGACGGUGGUACAUACAUCGGCGGCUGGGAAGACGGCAAGGCCCACGGCUUCGGUAUCUGCACCGGACCCAAGGGCCAGGGCCAGUACUCGGGCAGCUGGAAUUAUGGCUUCGAAGUAUGCGGUGUAUACGUGUGGCCUAGCGGGUCGUGCUACGAGGGCUCGUGGCAAAAUGGCAAACGGCACGGGCUCGGCGCCGAAACACAGGGCAAAUGGGUGUACCGCGGUGAAUGGACUCAGGGCUGCAAGGGCCGCUAUGGAGUACGUCAGUCCCUUACCUCGGGCGCCAAAUAUGAAGGGACCUGGGCCAACGGUCUUCAAGACGGUUACGGCUCAGAAACCUACGCCGACGGUGGAACAUAUCAAGGCCAGUGGCUACGCGGUUAUCGGCACGGCUACGGAGUGCGGUCGUCUGCACCUUUCGGUCUCGCCGUCCACGGAAGACCGAGUCAUCAAGCGCAAGCCAUUAAUUUGGGGUCCUCGGUGAGCUCACUCCAACAGGCAGUAGGUUCUAGCGACGACCCCGCUACCGGACGAGAUCGAAAAGUCAACGACUGCCGCGGAGGUUUUGUGCUUAAAUCACGAUCAGACGACAUGCCCUCGCAUCAGAGGAGAAGGUCACUCGUUGAACGCUCGGCCGACGUCAAACGCUCUAUCAUACAGGGAUUUAGAAUUAAGAAACAGUACAGCACGGGAGACAUCGACAAGCGGGGGAUCUCUUCCCUGCGAGGCUCUCGAUCCAACCUCAGCUCGGCUUCAUCAGAGUCGGGCCAUUCGGCGUUCACGUACUCACACAGCGCCGGCGGUCAGGGGCAUCAUACCGAUUCCAACGCCUCGUUCGUAUCCCAAGACGAGGACAUCACCGACUCGAAUGUUAUCGAAACUUAUAUGGGCGAAUGGAAAAACGACAAACGUUCUGGCUAUGGUAUUGCGGAGCGAUCGGACGGGCUGAAGUACGAGGGCGAAUGGUACAACAACAAAAAAUACGGUUAUGGCGUAACAACGUUCAAAGAUGGCAGCCGGGAAGAAGGAAAGUACAAAAACAAUGUCCUUGUUACGUCGGGUAAGAAGAAACACCUUUUCCUUCUCCGUAGCGCCAAAUUUCGCGAGCGCAUCGAGCAAGCGGUAAACGCCGCAAUACGCGCCUCGCAGAUCGCGCUGCAAAAGGCCGAUAUCGCCAUUUCCAGAACGGCCACGGCGCGUGACCGCGCGGAGCAGGGUGACAUCGCGUCGUUGGAGGCACGAAAAAACGCCGACCUAGCUAAAGGCGUUGCCGUGCAAUUCGCCCCCGAGCUGUUUAAUAGUGCGACGUCCGGUCCACUCCCUUCCUGGCCCCAGGCGACAGCUGGGGCUUCCGCUACACCAGCUGCUAGCACGACAACCAGGGGAGCAAUUGCAGCUGCAGGAGCGUUUGGCGCUGCUUCGUUGAGCGUCCCCUCCGCUCACCUAAAUACCUCGCUAGCCCAACAUCAACAAAUCGGGGGAGUGUCCAACCAUCUGGAGGCGGGGGCUUAUCUGGUGCCGGGCUCUCAUCCUGGCUUGAAUCAAGUGCCGGGGGACUUGGCCAUGGCGGGACUGGGUCUAAGGGGUUCGUCGGCUCCCUCAACGGAGGACCCAUUGAACAAUCCGAGCCUUCAGCUUCCCCACCUGGGCGUCCCUGCGAGCCAGCUGGACCCGAAGAUGCCCACUCAGUUGCCUCAAGUUCUGCAGAGUCCUGGUACUCCUCUGUCACCACCGAGGAGGCAGUCACUGUACGGAGCAACUCUAUCAAGCAGCCACCUGCAACAACAGCAGGGGCAACAGCUGCGUCAUCCUCAGGGAGCGUCGCAGUUGGGAUCAGCUCAACACCAACAACAGAUAAUGUCCUCGACAAUGCCACAGCAGCUACAACACCAACUCAAUCAGACAUCACUCGGCCCCCAACAGGAGGAUCGACUGGGGGCGGGCCAGGGUCUUCCCUCGAUGAUAAGCGGUCCGCAACCCUCGCAGAUAGUGAACCUACAUCAGAGAGCUCAGCAGCCUUACCUCACAGAUAACAGUAUGGUGCAACAAAAUCAGUUGCACCAGACUAACCAGGGUGGUGCCUCCGAUCGACGAGGACGCAGCCAGGGUCGCGGGGGGCGAUCUGGACCCGAGUCCGACAGCGGAGGUGCUCUCAACGAUCAUUUCGACCAGUAUCGUCGUUCUGAAAGUAGACCCCCGUCCAGGCCACCAUCGCGUUCACAUUCGAGAAUGUCACAGUCACCUACAAGGCAAUCGUCGACGACAAAAGAGCCUCAAGAGUCGCUUAGCGCUAUCUAUGGGGUUAAAGGAGCUGAUGAAGCCACCGCGGACACACUGACUCAGCAACUUGGGGAACGUUUUCAACAACAGCCAAGCACUAGCGAGGAAUCCUCGGGACUUGGAAGAACGGCAUCUCUCUAUAUCGGUGGGGGUGGUGCGGGUGGUCCCCGCCGACGUCCAACGGCGCUAGUGGACUCGGCUACAGGUGGCAGUCACCUUUCCCGAAAAAAGUCGUUGCCAGACAUUGCGGGCAAACAAGCGCAUAAGGAGCCCCUGAUGAGCCGCGAAGAAGUCUCCGUGCUCAGCCACAAUCGACGAGUCGAAGUGCGUCGAAUGAACGAAUUGGCAGAGAUGUACCGCGCCAACCCUUUCCUCUAUCUCACCAAUCCGGAGGUUAAGGAUUGGUUUUCCCGUCAACAGUUUGUGAUGCUAGUUAUAUUUAUCAAUUUAUUCCUUGCAAUAGCAUUUUUCCAACUGCUUACGUGACCAACUCCGCUCACCGGAACCCGCCUUUCCGAUCGCCUCUUCCCCAAAACGAAAAUUUAUGACUACUUUAAAAGCAACGAAGGCAACAAAGAACACGCCAGCAACAAUUAUACACCAUACCAUAGACAACUUUUGCGGCCUCAGCGGUACUAAUAGGUUCAUCAAACAUUCGUAUUGUUUUGUUACCAGCCCAUUCUUCCUACUAGGCCUGGAAGACGCUACUGAUGGACAACGCAGAGUAUCGAACACUUAAGUAGACCUUUUGCUACACGCCGCCGAACUUCAUUCGCAUGACUGGCCUUCAACACGACAGACUUCAAUCGAUUAAUGGAUAGCUCAGAAGCCCUAAUGAAAUCACUCGUUAAAACACGAUGUAGCAGUGCCAUAGUUACGAAAGCGGCCAGCAGUAAAUGUCAAUGGCGAUAUGCCACACAACAGCAGCAGGUGAUCUGUAAAGAGGCAUGAGGAAGAAGACCGAAUCAUCUGGCUGGGGUCUAAGGGACAGGUUUUGUGUUGUGUUUAGAACAGAUCUCAGCCAGAUCGAAAAACCAAAAGCAAUCUACCAAAAAUUAAUGGAGGAGUAUUUCUUUCCUUACCUUACAUCCACCACCAUCAACUUCACGGAGUAUACAUAAAUAUAUACAUACGGUAUAUACAUAAUAUAACAUAAACAAAUAGCUACAUCUAGGGUGUCAUUCGGGACGUCUAUCCAAACGUCAGUAGCCCUAUAAUGCAUACAAUAGUAUAAGUACGUAUGCCUCAUGCAUGCACAUACAGCACGUCCCAUCUAUCUGAUCUUUACUUGACACUACACUUUUACGAUCAUUAAAAAGCAAAUAAUUAAUAUUACUAUGGCAGUUGCUAUUAUUCUUAUCAUUAUCACAGUCACCCACCCGAUUCCCUUGAGUAACAUGAGAUGACGCUCUAACAACAACGCUCAGUAUCCGUCCGGCGUCUAUCGAUACAAAAAUACAUGGGCAGAUAGUCAAUGGAUGGAUAAAAAGACACCUUAAAGGAAGCAGACACGCCGAAGCAGCAGCAGCAGCAGCACAAAGUACGUACGGGGGCGACGUAAUUUUUCAGGAUAGGCCACGGAUAUUUUUCUUGUUCAGCAACCGCAGCACCGAGAGCGACCAGAUUACUCAGGGUCACUCCACCAAAACUAGAAAGUCAUUGUUGACACAGUUAUUUUCUCUUUUCCGAUCCGCCCCGCGCCUCCAAAUGUGCGCAGGAAUCUACGAUAUGAGUAAUGCUGAAUUGAAUAAAUAGCAACAACGGUAAUCGUGAUGAUGACGACGACGACGACGACGACGACAACGACGACGACGACGACG